AUGCCAGAAACAGAUAGUUUUUAUAAAAUUUACACGCAGCACAAGACUUUUGAUGAUGCGAAGGAGACUUGUGAAUUAGACGGAGCAGAAUUGUUUUAUCCGGAAGAUGAAGACGAAGCUAAGGCUGUGAUAUCUUACUGGCAGGAAACUCAAAGGUUCCACUGGAUUAUAAUCGGCGUUUACGCACCGUUUGUGCCAGACGUUUUCGUAACGAUUCAUGGAGCUUCAAUAAACACUGUUUACAAAAAAUGGGGUCAAGCCGAACCAAAUAGUUUCGAGGUUUUGAAAAGUUGUGUUAUUUUGCGACAUACUUUAAGUAUAAGCGAUGUUGUCUGCAAUAAUCUCUACCCCUUUAUUUGCAAGAAACGAGCAAGCACGAUUCGUUGGAAUAGACUAUGUGAUUUACCAACUAGGAGUUACGAAUAUGUGGAACAAUUAGGUAGAUGUUACAAGUUUCACACAAAUCCAAGAAACUGGACGGAGGCUUUCCGAGCUUGCAAUGCCGAGCAGGGGUACUUGGCUAUUAUCGACAGUCAGGGAGAAGCGGACCACCUCGUGAACGUCACAAAGAUGGCGAAAAAAAGAUGA